AGGAAAGUGUUUUAAGUAUAAUUUAAAGCUUACGUAUUAAUGCAGACAACCAAAAAAUGUUUUAUAAUUUAAUUUGUUUAGAAAUACAACUCCGUUUCAAUAGUCUUAAAGCUUUAUUGCUAAACAAUGGGUUUGUCUAGUGUUUCUAGUUAUCGUAUUCAAAUAAAAUAGUCAUGACUACUCAAGAAGUAGACGAUGAACAUCCCCAGUCUAUUAUUAAAAAUGAAGAUGAAGAAAUAUCAGAAAAACCGGUACAAAAAAUGAAGCCACCUUUGGACACCAAAGUGCCGAAAAGCAGUAAAGUGUUAACGAAAAAAAUUAAAUCAAACAACCCUCUUACCUGUAACAUCUGUCAGAAAACAUUCAACUCCAGCCAGCCUUUGAGAUUUCAUAUCAGACAAAUGUAUUUCAACCUUAAGGCAAAAACUUUGUUACACGAAAUGAAGAAAGUUAAACAAGUCUGGGUAGAGAAAGUACUGAAUUCUAAUGAUUUAAUUGAAAUAACAAAAACAGGUCCAAACACAUUGCUGAUGAAAAAAACUGAACGGAAUGCUAUUGUUGAACCUAAUGUUGAAAUUAAAGAAAUAGAUCUGUCUUAUUUGUACCCAACAUAUAAUAAAUACCACUACAAAGAAUGUACUAUCUGUGAAGUUAAAGUACCGAGGAAAAGAUAUAAAAAACAUAUUGUAUCACAUAUGAUUUAAAUCACUGACCGGCAAAAUGGUGCACCCCCAGGGGGUCCUCGCAUCAAAUGGGGGUGUUUAAUGGGUGGAAAUAAAGUUGAGGGUUAACAAGUUGAAGAAAUCUAGCUACAGGGAGUUCGCUAUCAAUUAUAGAAAAGGAACGAGAAGAAAAAAGAUUGGUA